AUGCAAAUUCGUGUCUCUUCACAAAGUGAGUCUGGAGUUCCCGCGACCUCUUCCAUCGGCGGCGGCAGCACUACUUCAUUCGCAUCACUCCAAGGUGACCGUUCUGCCGCAUGCCGCGUUUUUGAGUACGGAGUGACGUCAGAGCAGGGCUCCCGCAAGACGAUGGAGGACCAGCAUGCCAUGGUGGCAGAGGCAAUCCCUUUAUUCGGCGUGUAUGAUGGUCAUGGUGGCACACAGUGCGCUGAGUUCCUUCGCGACAACUUGCACACAUUGAUUCUUAGUCAUCCAGAUAUCAAGACAAACCCCGAGGAGGCAAUACGUGCUGGAAUAGCUAAAGCAGAAGGAAUUUUUCUAGGAAGGUGCGCAAGUGAGAAGAUUGAAUCUGGCAGCACGUGUGCCGUGGCCAUGAUAGUGGAUGACACACUAGUUACUGGCAAUGUUGGGGACUCUGAGAUAGUGCUCUGUCGUGCGGGGUCUCCAUUGGUGUUGUCAACAAAGCACAGCCUGCACUGCAACGAAGCGGAAGGUGAGCGUGUCAAGGCGUGUGGUGGCCGAAUUAUCAGCAAUCGUGUGGGCCAUCCAAAGUACAAUCCACAGGUGCUGAGCCUUGGCAUUACUCGUGCCAUAGGUGAUGCUGGCUUCAAGCUGGAAGAGUACACAGAUGGAAAGCCAUCCGGUGUCAUUGCUGAAGCAGAGACUCGGUCGACAAAGCUGACGGACGAGGACGAGUUUCUCAUUAUUGGGUGCGACGGUCUCUGGGAUGUUAUGUCAUACGACAGGGUUGUGCAGUUUUGCUCACAGCUCGCGGCGGAGGGAGUGCCGCCGCAGGAGAUCACCGAUAGGUUGUGCCAAGAGGCCCUGCGACAAGGGAGCACGGAUAAUGUCACUACGUUAUUGGUUCAGCUGAAAUGUGUUGUUCAUAGUAGCAAAAGUAUUUUUCUUCAUGAGAGGGCUUUGUCUGCUUCUUUGGGAUAUUCUGUGUAA